GUCACGCAUUUGUUCUCUAUAAUUUAUUUUGUCGUUGAUGUAAACACAAAUUGAACUAUGCCAUGUUGGAAUAUCAAUUUAUUGUAAAAAAAAAAAUGUUAGAAUGUAGAACCCAACCAGCGGCGAGUUGCUACCUAAUUUGCAAGCCAUCGAAUUCGGUGUAAUUAAUCUACACUCUUCUACGUAGGUUACAAGUAAUUGAUAUGUUACGUUAAUAAUUAUUAACUCGACUUUCGUAACUUCAUUUUUAUUGCAAUAGAUAGAUUGCAACUUUGCUAUGUACAGGUGACACUAAGAUCUAAAACAAAGAUCUAAUUAAGUCUAAAAUAUAUUCAUGGACUUGUGGCAUUGACACACUACUGCAUGCAUUUGUAUACCAUUACAUAAAAUCUAUUCAAAGAGAAAAUUUUGACCACAAUUAUUCUUAACUAAGCAAACUACGUAACGUCAAUGUUGUAUUUAAACUUAAGUUUGUAACUACUAAUCAAUUAAGUUCAAUAACAGUUACAAGCAAUUAAAUAUAAUCUUACUAGAAUAUAAACCUUAUGUCAAGGUUUCUUGAAAGGAAACAAUUUGAUGCUUCAUUUCAAUUGUUUUGUGAUUAAUUGCAUUCUAACUCUCUCUUAUAAUAAGGAACACAGAUCAGUGUUGGCUCAUAACACAAAUGUUUCCUUCGAUUCCUGUUACACUUAACUCUCUAAUGGUUCUUGAGACGAAUCUUAGAGAAAACUAUGCCUCACAAUCACAACCAAUACAUUUGCAAGAAAACUACUUAAAGCCAAGGAUGAAAGAUGAGUUAAUACCUUUUGGUGCUCAUUCCACGCAGGGUAGUUUCUUGCAAGAUUUUCACCAUAUCGAUCAAUUUCAUGUGCAUGGCUCCUCAUCCUCCAAUCAAGUUUUUGGGGUCCAAACACAAAAUUUUGAUCCUUUUGGUAAUGCAGAAUGUGCAAAUACAGAUUUUGAAGUUUAUGAUGGAAAGCCUUUUGGCGAGAAUAAUAUUAAUGGUAGUGAGCAUGCUCAACUUAUUGAAAAUUUUCAAUAUGAUGGUUAUAGUUUGAAUAUCCCUAGAAGGAAUCAUCUUGAUCUUAUGGUUGAAAACCAUAGUUAUUUUCCCUUUAAUAAUCCUUCAGAAACCAAGCCAUUGAAUUAUGUUGUACCAGAUGAUGAAGUUUCAAGCAUAGCACCAACAAAUUAUUACCAAAGAGCAGGGUUGAAUAGAAACAACAGGUUAUUAUCUCCUACCACAAGAAGAGCAUUUAAAGCAAGGAAGAAAUCAAACAUAGUGAAGGGGCAAUGGACAGUGGAUGAAGAUAGAUUGUUGAUUCAAAUGGUGGAACAAUUUGGAAUGAGGAAGUGGUCUCAUAUUGCUCAAAAGUUGCCUGGGAGAAUAGGGAAACAGUGCAGAGAAAGAUGGCAUAACCAUUUAAGACCUGACAUUAAGAAAGACAUAUGGACUGAUGAAGAGGAUAAGAUAUUGAUCCAAGCUCAUUCAGAGAUAGGAAAUAAAUGGGCAGAGAUCGCGAAAAGAUUGCCAGGAAGAACUGAGAACUCGAUAAAAAACCAUUGGAAUGCAACAAAGAGAAGGCAAUAUUCGAAAAGAAAAUGUCGCUCAAAGUACCCUAGAGGCACUCUUCUGCAGGACUAUAUCAAAAGCUUGAAUUUGGACCAAAAUCCACCAAGAGACUUUCGAAAAAGAUCUUCGGCUAAUGCAAAGAAAACAGUUACUUGUAGCACAAGCAAAUCAGCAACACAACAAAUUCCUCAGCCACAGAUUGCAAACCAGUUUUGUCCCAAUGACAGGCCGGGGCCAAACUACGAGUUUAAUGAUUUUUCUUUGGAUGAUAAUUUGUUUGAAGAAGGGUGUGGUAUUGAUUCUCUGCUAGAUGAAAUGUCAAGUGUUCCUACUACGGAUGAGAAAGAUUUUGAAGAAAAACAACAAUGUGAUAAGGAAAGCAUGCAAGUUAAUCUUGAAGAGCAACAAUUUGAGACACAAGUUGAAAUUAAGAAGGAGUUGGAUUUGGUGGAGAUGAUCUCUCAGGUUAAUCAAAGUAUUAAUUGAUGUUUAAAUCAGUGUCCUUGGAUUGGAGGCCAUUCAUUAUAAUUAUGGAUUUAGCUUCAAAUAUUUUUACAAGGUUGAUAUGGAACUUGGAUUUAGUUCCUCA